GAUACAAUCAAAUGAAUGCAGUUCAAUUUUGUGAGAACGCAGCAUAACAUAACCUCUUAAGUUCUAGUGUUGUUUUGAUCUUGAUUCUUAUAUGGAAUUUAGAAUGUAAUAGAUUUGAUAAAAUAACAAUUAUAAAGACUUUGUUUUAAAUACAAUAUUAAUAAACAUUGACAAAAUGUCAGAAGACGAAGUGGAAAGUUUUGAAAUCACAGAUUACGAUCUUGAAAAUGAAUUCAAUAUUAAUCGCCCUAGGCGUAAAUUGUCAAAAAAACAACAAAUGCUUGGUAUUUGGGCUGAUGAUAGCGAUGAAGAAGAAUUAUCUGCUAGACCAUCAUUUAAAACUUUUGAUAAAGGACCAAAGAAUUAUACAACUCCUGUAAAUUUUGUAGCAGGAGGUAUUCAACAAGCUGGGAAGCCAAAAGAAGAAACAGAUGAUAAAGAUGAUGAUGAAAGUGAUAAUGAAAAUAUAAAAUCACAAAAGGAAUUUCCAAAUAGUUCAAGUUCUGAUGAUGAAAGACCCAAUUCUAUACAUCAACGUGCAUCAUUCUCAUUAAAUACAGAUGGAGAUAUUGCAGGUUUACGUAAAAAGAAGCAUAAAGUAAAUCCUUUAUUAAUGCAAAGUGGAAUGGGUAGUUGGGAAGUUUAUACAAAAGGUAUUGGAGCUAAAUUGUUGCUACAGAUGGGUUUUGAACCUGGAAAAGGAUUAGGUAAACAAUUACAAGGUAUAAGUACACCAGUAGAAGCACAUUUAAGAAAAGGCAGAGGUGCAAUUGGUGCUUAUGGACCAGAAAAAGGUCCAAAAGUUCCAGAAAAGAAAAAAGAAGAUGAAAUAGAUGAAGGAAAAGAAUCAAAAACUAAAUUAUCACAAUGGAGAAAAGAUGGAGGUACUGUUAAGAAAAAAGUAAAUUAUGUAUAUCGAAGCGUAGACCAAGUUUUGGAGGAUGGAAAAUUGAAACCUAACAAAAAAGUAAGAAUAUCCAAUGAAAUGAGUAAAGUUAAAGUUAUAGAUAUGACUGGACCAGAACAAAGAAUUCUUAGUGGAUAUCACGCGAUAGCUGGAGGUCAACAACGACCUGAUGAAAAUGUUGUUACUGAUAAAAAAUCUAAAGUUAAUUUUGCAUUGCCUGAACUACAACAUAAUUUAAAUAUACUUGUGGACAUGUGUGAACAAGAUAUUAUACAAAAUGAUAGAAGAACACGACAUCUGAGUGAUAGGGUUGUUGCACUAGAAGCAGAAAAGAAAAAUUUGUCUAAAGUUAUAGAUCAACAUAGUCAGUUAAUAGAUACAUUAGAAAAUGUUCUUGCAAUUGUAGACAGAUUGAUGGAUGAAACCAAUCAAUUAACAUUACAAGAAACUGCAGAUGCUUUCAAAGAUUUACAAGAUAAAUAUUAUGAAGAAUAUAAAAUGUAUGAACUUGGUGAAUUAGCUAGUAGUUUUGUUGGUCCAAAAGUAAAAGAUUGUUUAAUUAGUUGGAAUCCAUUAAUGCAACCAAAACAACCAAUUAAAUUGUUUGAGCAAUGGAAAAGCAUUUUAGAAAGUGGUACUACUACUCUUCAAACAAGAACUAUGCAUCCAUAUGAUCAUCUUGUUUGGAAUUCAUGGAUGCCUUCAAUUAGAGGAGCUAUUCAACAAUGGACAUGUAGGCAACCAGAACCACUAAUAGAAUUAAUAGAACAUUGGAUGCCACUUCUUCCAAAUUGGAUAUUAGAAAAUAUUUUAGAUAUGUUAGUUCUUCCUAAACUUACCUUAGAAGUAGAAGAAUGGAAUCCUCUUACUGAUACAGUACCUAUUCACACAUGGAUUCAUCCUUGGUUACCACUUUUACGAAACCGUUUGGAUACUUUAAUAUAUCCAAUAAUACGACGUAAAUUAGGAUCUGCGUUAGGUGGUUGGCAUCCGUCCGAUAGAUCUGCUAGGCUAAUGUUACAACCAUGGGCUAAUGUCUUUGCAAAAGGAGAUAUGGAAGCUUUCUUGGUGAAAAAUAUCAUUCCAAAAUUACAAAUAGCACUUUCGGAAUUUGUUAUAAAUCCACAUCAACAACAUUUAGACCAAUGGAAUUGGGUAUAUGAAUGGAAAGAGUUAAUUCCGUCUCAUAUAAUGGCAGGAUUGUUAGAUAAAUUCUUCUUUCCUAAAUGGUUACAAGUUUUGGCUCUUUGGUUAAAUCAUUCACCUAAUUAUGAUCAAGUUACAAAUUGGUAUAUGGGAUGGAAAGGCAUGUUGAGUGAAAAAAUAUUGGCUGAACCGCUAGUAAAAGAACAUUUUAAAAAAGCAUUAGAAUUGAUGAAUAGAGCAGUUUCUGUGCCACAAAGUCAUCAACCGGGUGCGAUGGAACAAGUUUCGUAUUUAACGAGUUUAGAAAGGACGCAACCUACUAUGUCACAAAUGCCUCCAACUGCACAACCAAGAAUGGAGAGACUUGCAGAAGCAGUUAGAACAGCAUCACAAAUACCUCAAGGUUUUAAAGAUCUUGUUCAAAAGAAAUGCGAAGAAAGAGGUAUUUUAUUUAUGCCAAUACCGAAUCGGUAUAGAGAAGCAAAACAAAUUUAUAAAGUGGGUAAUGUUCAAGCUUACAUAGACGGAAACGUUGUAUUCGUUUGUCAUAAUGGCAUGAAUUGGAUGCCAACGCACUUAAAUGCUUUAUUAGAUAUGUCUGAACUUUAGAAAUAAUUAUAAUCGCAAAUAUGUAUGUUUAAUUGUAUACAUACUUAUAUAUCUUGUACAUAUAUUGUAAAAUAUUUUAUAAUAUAUGAUAUUGAA